AUGGUUCUGGACCAACAAAUGCUCCACCUCAACCUCGAAGAUCGCCCGCCCGUUAAUUUCGCCAUGGUUGUCACGCCUCCCGCCGAAUCUGACCUCAGAACGCACGAUAAAGCCACCGGAUCCCCGUUGCAUGACCCCGAGACUACCACGACGCCAUCGAGUGCUAGCGCGACCCUGACCAAUGACCCCAUGAGCCGGAUUUAUCGAUACACCCCGACUCCGACAAUUGUGCUCGAUGGGUCGCUUCGUAUCAUCGAAGCAUCCGACAGCCACUUGGCCCUGUCUAAUCACACUCGGGAGGAACUACUGCGAACGAGCAUCUACGAUUUAUCCCCGCAUAUCGUUCCGGCGCCAGAUAUCGCGUCGUUGAGUGGCGCGCUGGGCGCUGCCACCACGACGCGCACCUCACAGGUUAUUCAUCCUGUCCGUGUCGCCAAGUCUAAUAUGCAAUAUUCUCUCCGGGUGACACCGAUAUUCGAAAACGAUACCCUGAUCUAUGUCCUGCUCGAAGCGCACUCCACGGGAGUUGAACAGCACAGAUCGAAAUUCAGUGAACAAACGUUCCUGAAUGAGACUUAUAAGAUUCUCAUCGACACCGUGAAAGAAUAUGCAAUCUUCAUGUUAGACAAUCGUGGCCACAUAGCGACGUGGAAUUCCGGGGCCGCCAUUUUGAAGGGUUACACUGCGAGUGAGAUCAUUGGGAAGCAUUUCUCCACCUUUUACGGACGCGAAGAUUGCUUGGCGAACAAACCGGCGCGAGAGCUCGAACUCUGCCUGAGAGAUGGCAAAGUAGAGGACGAAGGAUGGCGUUAUCGGAAAGAUGGGAGCCGCUUUUGGGCCAACGUGAUGAUCACCCCGAUUUAUCAAUUUGGUCGACAUGUAGGGUUUGUCAAAGUCACUCGCGACCUCACAGAGCGCAGAGCCGCGGAAGAACGGCUGAUCGAAGCGUUCGAAGAGUCGUCAAAACUCAAGACUGAAUUCUUGGCCAACAUGUCGCACGAGUUGCGCACCCCCAUGAACGGAAUGUUGUUAGCCUUGACGAUGCUGAUGCGAACGCCAUUGACGACCGAUCAGCAAGAGUAUGCGUCCAUCCUGGAAGACUCAACCACGAUCUUGCUGCAGGUCAUCAACGACGUACUGGACUACUCAAAGUUGUCAUCCGGAUCUUUCUCUCUCAAUACAGACGUACUGAACAUACCAAACAUUGUCAACGCGGUCAUUCGGAACUGUCAGCCAACUUUGAAACCCGGAGUGGUUCUCGAGAGCGUCAUUGCCCCGAAUUUCCCCAAAAGUAUAAAAGGCGAUCCGCUGCGCUUCCGACAAGUGUUGCAAAACCUGGUGGGCAAUGCAGUGAAAUUUACCGAGACAGGGUAUAUUCACGUAAAGGCAUCGCAUUCGGUGGAUCCGAAUGACCCUCAGAGCUACAUUAUCUCUGUCCAAGUUGAAGACACUGGCAUUGGCGUACCCGAAGCUGCAGUCAACACGCUCUUCACCCCUUUUACUCGGUUUGCAGACUCUGCCACACGUCGCUAUCAGGGAACGGGACUCGGACUUUCCAUCUGCAAAAGCUUGGCGGAAUUGAUGGAUGGCACCGUCGGAUUCCAUGCCAACCCAGAGCGAUCGGGGAGUGUGUUCUGGAUCUCGGCCAAGAUGGGGCGCAUUAACCGGCCGGCUCUCAGAAUACCCAGAACCGUCAAGCCAUCCGUUCUGGAAUCAAAAACCGUGGACAACACCGCCUUACUGCAGAAGGUUGCCCCACAGAAACAACUGCUACUGGUUGAAGACAACAAGGUCAACCAGACGAUCAUGCUCAAGCUUCUGGCGACUCUCGGUUUUCAGAGAGUAGAUGCCGCCUGGGAUGGCGCGGAGGCUGUGCGUUUGGUCAAGCAGAAACCGCUGGCAUAUCAUGUGAUCCUGAUGGAUAUCAACAUGCCGGUAAUGGAUGGUUUGACGGCGACCGAACAGAUUCGACAGUUGGAAGUGGAUGUGCCCAUCAUCGCGUUAACCGGGAAUGCCCUGAAGGGCGACGCCGAGACGUACCUUGCUAAAGGCAUGAACGAUUACAUUGCUAAGCCUUUGCAUCGGCAGCAGUUGGUGGACCUUUUGUGGAAAUGGUGCGGAUCUGAAAGUGUCUGCGGAUCUGAAAGUGUCGGCACUUGA